AGUUAUUGUUAGUUGCCGGUGAGAGUGGAGUGUUUCGGUUGAUAAAUUGAGAAGUGCAUCAAAUUAUCUCUUGCGUAGUAAAUUUGAUAGUUCGAGAGGAAUUAAAGGAGAAAGCAAAAGCGCAUAAAACCAUCAGUGAGUGGCCAGCGUGCGGUAAUUCCGUAAGAAACAUCUUUGAAACUUGCGAUAAGAAAGAAACGUGAGACAGUCCCGGAAUUUCAAGUGAAUUGCAGCCAAGCCAUCGAAAGGGAGGAACAGGUCCGACCGCUAUCUAAGCGACCAGCUGAGCAACGGCUGAAAUUGGAUUCAUUCGCGGAAAAGUCGACGAAGAGGAGCAGAAGGAAAAUGCCGCGGAAAAACAACCGAAAAGGAAAAGGUCGCGGAGGCGAUUCAAAUUCCGAAGAUGAAUCUAUCAACGACAAUGGUAGCAUUUACUCCCUCCAAUCCGAGAACGCAACAUCCCUUGAUGAAUCCGACGAAAUCAUCCAGAACGAAAGAAAUGAAGAGAAAUUCAUGCAAGCAUUAGAAAAUGCCCAAGAAAAAUCCGUUCAAACUCGUGUUCAAGCCCUUCAAACCAUGUCCGAAAUCCUAAUGCAUCGUUACAUGCCGGAUUUCAUAGAAGAUCGUAAAAUCACUCUAAUCGAUGCUAUUGAAAAAUCCAUACGUCGCGGAAAGGGUGCAGAACAGGCUUGUGGUGCAAAAUUGGCUCCGUUGCUAGUUCUUCAAUUGGGCGCUGAUGAAACCUUCACAAAAAGUUUGAAUCAAUUUCUACAAACUACAAUUCAGGAUAAAUCCGUGACAUUUGAUGCACGUGCUAAAUGCUGUGGUGCUUUGGGUCUGCUGAAUUUCCUUAGUGGUGAUGAUAUUGGAGAUUUACUUGAACUCAUGCAACUACUGGAAACAAUAUUCAGUGGUAGCUAUUUGCGUGAUGAGAAAACUCCGAUUUCUGUGAAUGCCGAGGCUGGAGCAAUGCAUGCUGAAGCUUUGUCAGCUUGGGGCUUGCUGUUGACUCUCAUUCCGCCAGGCGAUUUCGUGUCCUUGAUGAAUAGACAACAAAUGUUUCCGUCUAUCAAAAAACUCAUGGGACUAUUGGAAUCACCUCAUUUGGAUGUUCGUAUGGCAGCGGGCGAAGCAAUUGCAUUAGUCUUCGAAAGUGGUCGAUCACACGAUGAAGACUUCCUUGAAAGUUAUUUGGAUGAUUUAAUAAUAGUUACAAAACAGCUUGCAACUGAUUCGCACAAAUAUCGAGCUAAACGUGAUAGGAAAGCGCAGAGGGCAACUUUUAGGGAUUUGCUAAGAUAUUUUGAAGAAGAUAUUUCACCUGAAAUAAAUAUUCGAUUUGGUACCGAGGCGUUGUUGCUAGACACCUGGGCAAUGCAUCAUCAAUACACAGCUCUUUGCACUGUGAUGGGCCCUGGAAUGACACUUCAUCUUCAGGAAAACGAUUUAGUACGCGAUGUAUUCCAGCUUGGACCAAAAGUUGUACCUUGCCCAAUAAGCAAGAGUAAUAAACAGUCAAAACACGAACGGCAUCUCCUCAACGCCGCUGCAUUCAAAGCACGUACAAUAACACGGGGAAAGAAUCGCGAUAAGCGCUCUGCAGUUUUUAAUUAAUGACAUCAGUUUAGGAUACUUUAUUUUUUUGAGUUUUGUGAGAAACCAAUUAGAUCGUAACUUGGGUUUAGAGUUUACUCAAUUUUUUUUUCCAAAUUGCUUUCUCAUACGUGUUCAGUACCUAUUUCUAAACGAUUUCUAUCCAUUCAAGAGGGACUGAAAAUCCUUAAUUGAAUGCCUCAAGGCUAUUAGUUUCUUUUUACAUAUAAUGCCUAGUGAUAAUAUCUUAAAUUGUUAUUGUAAAUAGCUAAAAUAUUAAUGGAAGAUUUGGCAUUUUCAAAUAUACAAGAUGUCUCGAUAUUGAGAUUGCUAGGGAGUUGUAAAUCUUCAUACUCUCUUCAGCUGUCUCCAUUCUUUAUUCAUACGCUGUACAUUUUCUAGUUGAAAAUUUAGAUUUAUUUACUAAUUUCAAAUACCAUUUCGGUUUACUUUGUUUUUCUUUUCUGCUAAUAAUGAAAUUACUCAUAAAUAACUUUUUUUUCUGAAAUUGUCUUCUAUUUUGUUCUCAGUCUAAUUCCGCAAGUAACUUUCCUAUCUGAAAUUCGAUACCAAAAGUAUGAUAUAUUUUAUGAAUGUUCAUAAAAAGAUAUCUAGUAUAUUUGGUAGAGAAUAAUGUAGUUCUGUUUAGGGCUGUUCUUAUACAAAAAGUAACUCUUAGAAGGCACUUAACACCCACUUGGAGUGAUUGCUCGUGUUAAAUCGGUGAUCACUCUCAGCAUGAUUUCGUAGAAGGAACUGCAAGUUCUGUACAACUAGAUGAUUAAAUCGACAUCAAUUACUUUAGAAUCAUGAUGUUAGUUAUAGUAUUUUUCCUUUAUUUCCCAACAAAAUAUAUUUAUAAUAAAUCUACUAGACAUAUUUAACUUAACGUUCUUUUACGUAGACAAUUUCAUUGAAGGCUUGUGUUCUCCCUUUUGAGUUGUAUAUUCCUUAGCCCUAGUUAGUUCCCUUUUCCCAUUUCUUGUCAACAACCUGUUAUUCUUGUUCCAUUUAACAACUAAAUGCAUUUUGGUUUAAUUCAUUUGAAUAAAUGUUAUCCGAGUGGUGUUCUUUUUUUCGAAAUGUUUAUAAUGUAAACUAUAUGUGAUUUAAAUAAAAAAAAAGAAAUUGGAACAUCUUUACUGAAAUAUUGAAAUAUUAAUAUAAAUGACAAAUUUAUAAGACGCUUAAAUGAAAAUCUAUUAUAUUUUUAAAGGAAUUGUGGCAAGAAAGAUAAAUUAUAUUUAGAAAUUAAAAUUGAAAGUUUUGAAAAUCCAAAAUUAGCUGCAAUAGAUUUAAGAGAAUGAAUUUAAAUAUCAAGCAUUCAUUACUAUUAUAAAUAUACGAAAAGCAGCUUA